AUGAGUGUGGAAGAUCAAUUUCCUAAAACGGAAACCUUCAUGAACAAGGAGUGGCCGUCUUAUAUUAAUGGUACGACAAGAGGUCCAAAAAUUUUCAAUGAUCCAAUCAUUUGCGGUGCUUUAACUAGGAUUGCUUGUCACAGAAAUGGAAGUGGCAGUGGAAGUAAGUCUUCAUCAUCAUCAUCACUUGAUAGGCUGCUUUCAAGUUCCGAUUCCAGUUCUUCAGCAGAGGAGGCUCCUGGAGCCAGUUUGUUGAAAAACAUUCCUGGAUUUAUCAGACAGGAUGUUGUCAUUGAACACCAUUCAAGUUCAUUUGUUUCAGGGUUUAGUUCUGUCCACCCGCCUAUGAACUUUUUGGAAUCCCUCCCAAAACUAAACAAAUCUCAAGUUACCGAACCAACUUCGCCAUCUUCCAUGUCAACCACAUCAGAAUUCCCAAAUUUGACUUUGUUUUUGCAGGAACCUACCAUGUUAGAUCCAUCCACAAGCGUCAUUGAUUCCAUUGGCAAGAAGAGUGAACCUGCAUCGACCUCGUCUCAAUACCUUCCAUUCCACAUGCCUCAAGAUCAACCAGGCAAUGAAUGGCUUAGAAUCAACCAGGGUUUGACAAAUUAUCCAUCCAAAGUUUUUAGUGACUAUUUGCUUAGCAGUACCAAGACUCAGCCUAUGAAGAACAGUGGACGCAGAUUGCAGAACCAGCACCAAAAACGUUCAUUGCCAUCAGGAUCAUCACCUGGAAAACUAUUCAGAGGGGUAAGGCAAAGGCAUUGGGGAAAAUGGGUCGCAGAGAUACGGCUACCAAGAAAUAGAACAAGGGUUUGGUUAGGGACCUUUAACACUGCAGAAGAAGCUGCUAUAGCAUAUGAUACAGCAGCAUACAUGUUGAGGGGAGAAUAUGCACAUUUGAAUUUUCCAGAUCUUAAGCAUCAACUCAAGCCCAAUUCUUUAAAUGGAAACACAGCUUCACUUCUUGAAGCCAAGUUGCAAGCAAUAUCACAAGGCAUUUAUGCUAACAAGAAGUCCAAUAAUCCAUCUCCGACACUGGCAAAAGUCAACGAUUUAAACCAAAACACAGCGAAAAGAGACUGGCAAUUUGAGCUGGAGAUAAAUGCAGGAUCUGAAGUGAAUGAAAUUAAUAAGAAAACUCAGGAGAUUCUAUCAUUAGAUGUGGAUGCUGUACAGUUAAGUAGAAUGCCUUCGUUGGACAUGGAUAUGAUCUGGGAUGCUCUUUUGAUCUCAGAUUCAUGAAAUUUGCCCUUAAUUUUCAUACAUUUGAAAGAA